CGCCCAGACUUCAUUUCCCAUGCGGCGCGGCGGCGGGGCAGGCGAUGUCCGCCAUCUUACCGCUCCCUCCUCCCCCGGUGCGGCCGGAUUGAAUGAGCCUGCUGCCCGCGAGCUGAGCGCCAUGUCAGGCACCCCGAUCCGCGGCACCCCCGGCGGGACCCCGCUAUCGCCGACCCGCAUCUCCCGCCUGCAGGAGAAGGAGGAGCUGCGGCAGCUCAAUGACCGCCUGGCCGUCUACAUCGACCGCGUGCGGGCGCUGGAGCUGGAGAACGACCGGCUGCUGGUGAAGAUCUCUGAGAAAGAGGAGGUCACCACCCGCGAGGUCAGUGGCAUCAAGAACCUCUAUGAGUCUGAACUGGCUGAUGCUCGAAGAGUUCUGGAUGAAACAGCCAAAGAGAGGGCGAGGUUACAGAUUGAGAUAGGAAAACUGAGGGCUGAACUUGAGGAGUUCAAUAAAAGCUACAAAAAGAAAGAUGCAGAUUUGUCUGUUGCUCAAGGUCGCAUUAAGGAUCUUGAAGUCCUCUUCCAUAGAAGCGAAGCAGAACUCAAUACUGUUCUGAAUGAGAAACGCAGCCUGGAGGCAGAGGUGGCUGAUCUGCGUGCCCAACUUGCAAAGGCUGAAGAUGGUCAUGCUGUGGCUAAGAAGCAGUUGGAGAAGGAGACACUUAUGCGUGUGGACCUGGAGAAUCGGUGCCAGAGCUUGCAGGAGGAUCUGGAUUUCAGGAAGAAUGUGUUUGAGGAGGAGAUAAGAGAGACAAGAAAGCGGCAUGAGCAUCGCUUGGUCGAAGUGGACACCAGUCGCCAGCAGGAGUAUGAGAACAAAAUGGCUCAGGCCCUGGAGGAUCUGCGAAAUCAGCAUGAUGAGCAAGUCAAGCUGUACAAAAUGGAGCUGGAGCAGACCUACCAGGCUAAGUUGGAGAAUGCCAUCCUGGCCUCUGACCAAAAUGACAAAGCUGCUGGUGCAGCUCGGGAGGAGUUGAAGGAGGCUCGCAUGAGAAUAGAAUCUCUCAGCUACCAACUUUCUGGCCUUCAGAAACAGGCCAGUGCAGCAGAAGAUCGCAUUCGUGAGUUGGAGGAAACGAUGGCUGGUGAACGGGAUAAAUUUAGGAAGAUGCUUGAUGCCAAGGAGAGGGAGAUGACAGAGAUGAGGGACCAAAUGCAGCUGCAGCUUACAGAAUACCAGGAGCUGCUUGAUGUGAAAUUAGCACUUGACAUGGAAAUCAGUGCUUAUCGAAAACUCCUGGAGGGAGAAGAGGAAAGGCUGAAGCUCUCUCCCAGCCCCUCAUCCCGCGUUACUGUCUCUCGAGCCACGUCCAGCAGCAGCAGCAGCAGCACUUCACUUGUCCGCUCUUCCCGAGGCAAGAGGCGACGGAUUGAAGCAGAGGAGCUCUCGGGCAGUGGGACGAGUGGGAUUGGCACUGGAAGUAUCAGUGGUAGCAGUAGCAGCAGUAGCUUCCAAAUGUCCCAGCAAGCUUCAGCUACAGGAAGUAUCAGCAUUGAAGAGAUAGACCUGGAGGGCAAAUACGUUCAACUGAAGAACAACUCCGAGAAGGAUCAGUCUUUGGGUAACUGGAGACUGAAAAGACAAAUUGGAGAUGGAGAAGAAAUUGCGUACAAAUUUACUCCGAAGUAUGUCCUCAGGGCUGGGCAGACUGUAACAAUCUGGGGUGCGGAUGCAGGUGUAUCUCACAGCCCCCCUUCUGUUCUCGUGUGGAAGAAUCAGGGCAGCUGGGGCACUGGAGGAAAUAUCCGCACAUACCUCGUGAACUCUGAUGGAGAGGAAGUUGCAGUGAGAACUGUUACUAAAUCAGUCGUCGUGCGGGAGAAUGAAGAGGAAGAGGAUGAGGCAGACUUUGGAGAGGAGGACCUUUUCAACCAACAGGGGGAUCCCAGAACAACUUCUCGAGGAUGCUCAGUGAUGUGAAGAAAGAAAGAAAAAAAACUAUUACUUGCUAUUUUUUUCCAUUUAUUUCCUUUUAUUUUUGCUAUUUUUUUUUCCUCCAGAGCCACUGAAAACUAUUUUUAUACGUAUCAUCUGAUUUCUUUGAUGGUUACUCCUUGGUACAUUUUUAUAUAAAAAAAAAUCUAAAAAAAAAAAAACCUUUACUGAACAAAACUGCCAGAGUUUUUAAUAGAUUUCUUAACUUCUCUCUCUUUGUUGAAACACUGUAUUGGAAUAAUUGUUUUUCCCUAUACAGAGUUUAAAGUCUUAUGCACAAACCUGCGGCAGAAAUUUUUAGCUAAAAUGGGACGAGACUUCUUGAGUGUAUGGUGAACCUGUGCUGUGUGCAUCCAUGAGCAGGAUGACUUAAAAACAAAGCUUAAGAAAGGAUGUUUACCUGCAGGGCCUUGGGAGGUCGGUGGUAAUGUUUCUCUGACCUUUAAGAAAUGAUAGGAUCCUGUGGGUGCCCAGCUUGGAAAAAUUAUGCCCCAAAUUCAUUAGAAGUGCUUCUCCAGCAGUGGAAGUAAUAAAGGGUAGCUGCCUUUUAACCAGGUCUUGGCUCAGGACUGUGGAUUUCUGUGCUACUCCAGGAUUGACAGCCUGAUGAUCGUCUGAAUCCCAUCAGUGCUGUGGCUCCAGGCCGUUAUUUCAGGAGGUGGAGAGCGAUGGCUUCUGCUGUCUGCAGAUGUGUGGGAGUGUCAAAAACAGACUUGUAAUCAUUGUGUUCUCAAAGGAUUUUGACAUUGUAACAAAUGAGAUCUUGUUAAAUUGUGAAUGCAAGUCGUGAUGUAUAGUAUUUAUGAUGUUAAGCAUCAUGAUUUAACGAUUUUGACAUAUUCAGCAUUGAACAGAAUGACUAAGAUUUUAAUGUUGAAAAUAUUUUUAUUUCUGGCAUUGAUAAAUAUUUGGGGUUUCAAAGGUUAUCUGUGUAAAUGUUGAUUUCUUUUUGUUUUGUUGAAUCAGACCUAAAUGCAGCUUAUCCAUACUUGUCUUACAUCCAGAGGGCCGUUGUCAGACACACUGAGCGUCUGCAAAGUAGUACAGAAACAGCUGAGUGCCGUUUUAGAGAGUUAGAAGGAACUGCUGCUGCUGUGGAUGGGAGCAUUACUUUGCAGAUCUCACAGUAACAGUGGGUGAUGUGAACAAUCUUUUUUUUUUAUGAAGAUGGUUUUUAUUUCAGGCAAUGACUCUGGUAUCUGACAGCGUCCCUUUGGCUUAAGGUUUCUUCUGCUGCACUUCUGUGGAGGUAGCAGUGGCUCUCCUAAGGCCAGCAUUCAGAUAGCAGCGCAUCUUCAAGCACUAGGAAGACUUGACUGCCCCAAAGAAUGCCUGGGCUGCACUCAAGCAGAUGGUUUUUGCAUUGGUUCUUAAUUUGGAUGCUGUUGGCAGCACAGAACGCUGUUGUUACCUGCACUCUCGAGCUCUGACCUGCCGUUCAAGUAGUUGAGACUCAUCAAACCAGCAGCGAGGUUUGGAUGUUUUCGGUGGCUUUUGGACAUUGUGUUCUCUGAACAACAUUAUGACUGACAGACGUAACCGAGGAGGUCAUUGUAGUGGCUCUGACCGGUGGCUAUGCAGUGCAAGCAGAGUGGGAACAGAAGUGAGAUUUCUAAGCUUAGGUUGUAUUUUUUGCCAUCUAAAAAUAAAUUUGAGACGCUACUUUUCUCUGUUUGGGUGGCGUGAUUUAAUUACUGAAGUUAAUGAGCCGAAUUCAGAUUUUUGUGUUAGUUCAGCAGGCGGAGCGUUGCAAAAAGCAGUAGGAAGCCUUGGCUGUUGGGACUGGAGGGGUCGCUCCAUGGCUGUCGUUGGCCAUUUUUCAAGUGUAAUUUUCCCACUCUGCUUGAGUAGAAGGUGAAAUAUGUAGUAAAUCAUGUCUCUCUUUCUCUGUAAAGUGUAUCUAAUGAAAUUAUGUUUCUCAGACAUACUGUUAACCAAUUGCCUUUCCUAAAUUCAUUGGUAUACAAAUAGAUGCAAUCAGUGUAAAAGUUUUUUCACAGUGCACCUUCCAACCACUGGGCAGCAUUUCCCUUUCUGACCCACACUUCUGUACCACACUCACAGUGUUUCAGAGCUUUUUGCAGUUUUUCCCUGUAUUUAUUUUUGUUUCACAUUGGCCAGUUUUCAGGUUGCUUAUUCUUGAGGGUUUUCCUGUAAAUAUGAUUGCUCUGUGAUCUUAAAUUCUAAAGAAAUGAAUGUGCUUUUUUUUUUUUUUUUCUUUUGAUUUUUUUGUUUUUUGCUUUUUCUGUGAAGAAUGGGCAGAAAGGCAGCUUGAAUGAGGGGGAACCUCUUGCUACCUGGGCCACUGAUUUCUUAACAGCUGCUGUAUGGCAGACGUGUCGCCUUGUAGCCCUACGGAGAGGUGUUUUCUGUUACACCCCUCAGUGACUGCAUGCAGAAUUUCUCCUUGGAUUUGGAGCUGUUUCCUGUAAGUUUGGAAACACUUUCUUUUCUUUUUUCACAUAUAGAGGUGCUCACAGAAAGCACUAAUGUGGGAGAAUCUGAAUUCAGCAGGCAAAGUGUUGGUGAUUCACAGUGCCUUCUAAAAGGCAACCUAGAGUUUGAGAAUAAUUCCUCACUGUAAACUACAGACACAGGCAAACUACUGUAUUCCACUUGUUUUCUUUGUGGGUGUCUGUCUGCUUCAGACAAAUUUCCUUCCUCUUGCUUUUGAUGCUGAGCUUCGGCAUAACUUCAAGUUGGUGCUCAGCACUGGAGGAUUUCUUCUGCUUUACUGAACCAGAAAGCAUUGCUGCUGCUUUUUCUCUUCAUCAAAGAUUUUCUCUCUUCAUUUUCAGGAUAAUUGAAAUGUUCUGCUCACGUAAAAUCCAGUGCCACCUUGCCCUCCUUUCCUGUGUAGUCAUGCAGGUGAACCAGCUCUCAGGGAUUUGGAGGAUAGUCAGCAUUUGUGCUCUGCUGUCUGAUAGCAGGUGUGGAGCUUGAAGGAGAUGUGCAGCGUACUUGUCAGGAAAAAUGACCUUAAGGCUUCUCUGAUGGGAGAAGUUAAUCAGUGCAGUUCGUGUCAGAGUGUUUGAGAGUAACUACCCAUAGAGAAGAACAAGGAACAGUUUUAUUCUGGGUGGAACAGUGCAAAUGAGUUCUGAGUAACUUACAGUGGGGGAGUCAGGGGGAAGGAAUAACAGCAUAACGACAGAAAAAACAAUUAAGCUGAUCUUCUAACUGCAGAUGGGCACAGUGGGGCUCUGUGGGGCCUCUGGCCUUUAUGCUUUCCCCACACUUCUGUCUGUCUUGCUUCAGCUGUUGUGUUGCAGUGGCUUGCUCCAAGCAAUGCAAUGGCUGUGAUUCCUGUGUCGCUGCACACCUUUAGCUCACGGUCUGUGUGCAUGGGCUGCUUCAGGCCCUGACCGAACCAGCAGCUGAUCCUCAGCACCCUUCUGCCGUUAGAUGGGCACUGUGUUUGUAGCAGGAGCCAAAAUUCUCAGGAAGAAAACAAACAUCUGCUUCCCGUGGACUGUAAUGGAAAAGCCACACAAGCUGGUCUGCAGCUCUCGUUCAUCACCAAAGCUGGACUGCAGUGUGAAGCAGAGCAAACUGUGAAAGGAGAUUUCCUUUUGUGCACAUUUAUCCUCGAGCAACAGGACGCCUCAUGUUCAGUUUAGGGAUUGUAGAGUUUUUUGUGCAGCCUUUUUCUUUGUAAUCCUGUGUGAAGCCUUUUAGCUGCAGCCUGAGCAGGGAGUGGUUGGGAGAGGCUCCUAGAAAUCCUCUCUAUCCCCCAGAAUGUUUGAGAACCUUUUUCUUCUGUGUGUACUAAGAAGAGUGUGAUGCUGUUUGCCAACGCUCUGUGUUGGGAGCCUUGUAGCCACUUCCCUCCCUUCCUUAAGCCAUUCAUUCUCUUUUUUCUUUUUGAAAUCUUCUCUCUAAACAAAGGAGUAUCCAUAUUCCACCCUGGAUUUCAUUGCCACUGUUGGGUCCAAACCCCAAGCCCUGCGCAAGCAGGGACAAAAGCUCUGUUGUAAACCAGUGAGUGGAAGGUGAGAUAGUGAUUGCAUUUCGGAAUCGUUGUUGUAGCUGAACAGCAAGACAAAUGAGAGGUGGUCAUUGGUCCGACGUCUCAAAUGGCCUGGGAAACAGAAUUUUAAAUUGCGCUUCGAUGUGCUUAGCUUUAAACCACUUUAAAAUAAUUUAAGUGUUUUUUUAUACAAAAUCAUAUUUACAUGCAAUUACCAUUUGUAAGCAUAAUGCCUUUCUUGAAAUGCUAAGGUCUAGAGAGUGAAUGGGACUCUUCAUGUCACAAGACUCCGUUCAGAGCCACACGAGCAGCGCAUGGACACGGAGUUCAGGAAGAAAGCGUUGUACUGGACCCACAUUUCCCCAUUAACAAAGUGAUGAUCCUUUGUCUGUAAGGUAAAUGCUGCUGUGUAUCUCAGCUGCCCAGUGUUCAUCACGCUAAAUCAUGAGCAAUAAGCUGUCUUAAGCAAGGCGAGGCCAAAGCGUUUUACAUCUGGGCAGAACAGUAACUUCUCUGUUCAGCUGUUCAUAAUGAUGCUGGUGUUGCCCUGUGAUCGAGUUGUGGAUUUCGUUCUGCAUCACCUUGUAGUUCUGGCAGUGUCACUGCCUGCACUCAGCUGCUGCCAACCCAUUUUCAGAAGGCUCUCAUUUUAUUUAAAAGAAGGGAUUGUGAGAAAUGUACAAAUUGGAAAGCAGGCACAAAAGGACGGGAGCAUUACAUGGAGCUCAUGAAAACUACAUAAUGAUCUAGACUUUACCAUUUCAAAAUGUUGUGGUUUUAUUUUCAUUUUUUUUUCCUCUUAGAAUAUGCAUGCCAAAUGUCUUGUCUUUUUCAAUGAUUUGUAAUAUACAUUUUAAGACUGGAAACUUUUUGUACAACAACACUCAAAUAAAUGUUUUGCAUUUUA